GGGCGAGGCGAGGCGGGAGGAGGAAGAAGAAGAGAGAGGGAAGCAGAGGAGGCCCAGGCCGCCCGGCGCUCCUGCCUCCUCCCGGCCCGCGCUUUGUCCGCGGCAGCCGCCGCCAGCGCGGAUGCGAGAGCCGACAUUCUUCUGCUAAGCUCUUGCACUGUGGCAUGUCUUAUGUCUGUUUCAGAGCUUCUUCAUCCUUUCCAGGCUCUGACACAAUUUUGAGGAAGUGCGAGUUUCUGCUAUUACCAGAUGUCUCCUGUUUAAAAUACCUGUUUCCCUUGGGCUAUUAACCCUGAGACAUCUGGUGGCAAAUACUGAGCUCAGGAUUGGUACUGGCCUUUCCGUCAGAUGGAGACUUUGGAGGAAAACAGCAAUCUCCUUGGUUUGCAGGCAGACAGCAACAUGGAGCAGCCAUUCACUGUCAGCUCAUUGAGAAAGCUGGUGGCUAUUCCUGACCACACAGACAUCUCAGUGAGCCCGGAGGAGCGGGUGCGUGCCCUGAGCAAGCUGGGCAGCAACAUCAGCAUCAACGAGGACAUCACCCCGCGGCGGUACUUCCGCUCGGGGGUGGAGAUGGAGCGCAUGGCCGCCGUCUACAUGGAGGAGGGCAACCUGGAGAACGCCUUCGUCUUCUACAACAAAUUCAUCACGUUGUUUGUAGAAAAGCUGCCCAGUCACCGAGACUAUCACCAAUGUGCAGUACCAGAAAAACAAGAUAUUAUUAAGAAAUUGAAGGAGGUUGCAUUCCCACGGACAGACGAACUGAAAAGAGAUCUUUUAAAAAAAUAUAACUUAGAAUAUCAAGAAUACAUGCAACACAAAAACAAAUGUAAAACCGAAUUUCUGAAGAAACUGGAGCACCAAAAGCUAAUAGAGGCAGAGAAGAAACGAAUCGCACACAUGCGGCAGCAGCAGCUCGAAUCAGAGCAGUUUCAGUUCUUUGAGGAUCAACUUAAGAAGCAAGAGCUAGCUCGAGAUCAGAAAAUCAAAGAGAGUGUGGUUAUGUCUGAACAGAUAGAUGGAAGUAUGCUGUCUUGUGUUUCUGUACCAGAGAACAGCUCUUUAUCUGCAGCACUGCUGGAGAAAAAGGAGAGGCGCAGUACCUCUGGCUGUGCUGGACAUUCGCCGCCCAUGGAACGGGUCUUAAAGCCAGCAGCUACUCUAAGUGCUGUUCAGACUCAACUGGCCGAAGCACUCAGAGGUGUCAUUUUGCCCAGGGAUCUCUGUCACAAAUUUCUGCUGCUGGCAGAGGCAAAUACAGUAAGAGGAAUAGAGACAUGUGGAAUUCUCUGUGGAAAACUGACUCAUAAUGAAUUUACUAUUACACAUGUAAUAGUGCCAAAGCAAACUGCAGGACCAGACUACUGUGACAUGGAGAACGUGGAAGAAUUAUUUGGUAUUCAGGAUCAGUAUGAUCUCCUCACUUUGGGUUGGAUCCAUACACAUCCAACACAAACUGCAUUCUUAUCCAGUGUUGAUCUCCAUACUCAUUGUUCUUAUCAGCUAAUGUUGCCAGAGGCCAUUGCAAUUGUUUGUUCACCAAAGCAUAAUGACACUGGCAUCUUCAGACUGACUAAUGCUGGCAUGCUAGAAGUUUCUGCUUGUAAAAAGAAGGGAUUCCAUCCACAUACAAAGGACCCUAGGUUAUUUAAUCCAUGUACCCAUGUGGUUGGGAAAGACAUAAAGAUAAUCGUGCUGGAUCUGAGGUGAUACGGAUGGACCACAACAAUGUACUCUACAAAAGGCCAAAAGAGAAAAAUGGAUUCCUGUUUUUUCCUACAUUUUCAGAAAUUACUUUUAUAUUUAUACAUUUUAGAUUGAAUGGUUUGAUAUUUAUUGCUCUAGCCUGUUUUGGAGUUAUUUUGUUGCUCUGUUAAGAUGGAGUUCAGUGGCAUUAACCCUGAAUCUGUAAACAAAUCUCACCCAUAAAACACAACAAUAAAAUGAACUUCAAACUACA